AUGGUCGGCGUCGCGGGACGUAGUAAAGCCUGUGCGACCUGCAAGUCCCGGCAUAUACGAUGCGAUGAACGACGCCCAACAUGUUACCGAUGUGAAAAGACCGGUUAUACAUGUCAGGGCUACGAUCGGCCGUUGAUAUUCAUCGACGGUGUGCCAAAGAAUGCCCGUGCAAAGAGCAUCGCGUCCAGGGUCUUGACAGCACAGCGGCAAGAUUCAACCCUCACCAUCUCUACCGCUGCCCGUUCAGCCCAACAUCAAGGACCCGCCUUUCAGCAGGCCGAGAACUUUAUACACCAACUUCUCUUGGCGCAAGGCGUUCACGUAGAUUCGCAUCAUCAUGGGCAAGCGCCUGAUCGAGAGCAUCAUCUACUGCACGUCUCGACUGAAGCGGCGACGCUGCUCCUGCGAGGACGUCUGACACGACAUGCCCAGACCGUAUACCAAGCGACCAAGUUGUCUGGCAUGGCGCUGGAGCAGCUUCGGGCCAUGCUGGCGCAGCAUAAUAGCGUUCACGGAUCCGCAAACAACGUGCCACUGCUGGCUAUCAUCAUGAAUAUGACAGUCUUUGAGUUGCUUGCAGCAACGACGAGAGAUUCAUGUAAGCAUCAUGUUCGCGGGUUGGCUGCUCUGAUUGAGUCAUGUGGCCCAGCCGUAUUUCGCGAGCCAUCUAUGAGAUUGAUAUUAGGACAGGCUAGAGCACAUAUUAUGGUUUUACAUAUGGAAGGCGAGCACAGGACCUUUCUAGAACAGCCCUGUUGGCAGGAAGUCCCAUGGGAUGAGGAUCCCGGGAGCAAGUCUCUCACAGCACGAUAUAUGGACAUCAUCUGUUGUAUCCCAGGCUUGUUGGAAGAUCAGCAGCGGCUAUUGGAAAUACAACAAAACUCCACUAUUAUUGCUGACGACACAUGUGAUCCUCGGGCUGACGACCUUCGAUCGUCAAUGCGGGCGAAAAUAGUCUCUCUGUAUAUCAAACUACUCGACAUACGGUGGCAAUGGGAAUUGGAUCAUCCAAAUUGCUGCCAUGACUUGCCGGUUGCUGGGCGAAGCGGCGCGGCGCGAAACCAGCAUUGCGCAGUUCCACUUCCAGUAAACAGCGAGACAGGAAGGCCAAUUUACGGCAGCGUGCUCUUCUUUAAUGACCUCUAUCGAGCAGUCGAGAUGAACUUUUACCAUACCUGCCUAUUAAUCCUCCACAGUCUAGCGAGAAGUCUGGAUAUCAUGCAGGAACUCGAGCACCUCCAUACGCCACCGCCUUGUUCUUCCUACGAAGCUAGCAUUCCGCAAGAUGCGGGCAGAAGCAAAUCUGGUGAUGCAACCCGUCGCUUCUGCUUUAAGACCAACGUACCACUACUAUUUCCACACGAGAGUCAAUCAGACUAUUACGCCGUACACGAUAUCUGUCGCACUGUUGACUUCCUACUACACCCAAACUAUGGGCACGCUGGAGCUCUUUUCCUCAUAUUUCCGUUGCGUGUCGCCCAGGUAUACAGCACUAUCUUACCGUUCGAGAGAGAAGAUACUUCGCUCGAUAUCACUCGGUCCAGUAGCGAUCAGAAUGUCUGCCACGGAAGAAACCAGGCCGCAACACAGAGUAUAAAUGCUGGGCAGAACGGUAUAGACAACAAGGCAAAGAUUGACGAACACAAGAGCCUGUCAGUCUGGAUGCGCAAGAUAAUGAGACAUGUUGGGGAUGUCUAUGGGUUUGGCAUAGCAUAUGGAUACACUUGA